AGUCAGUUACGAAGUAGCCUUUACGUCGAACGAAUCUUAACACACGCGUGACCAAUAAGUGACCAAAAAAAUGACUAUCGCCUAUGUUACCACAAACGAAGCACAGCCAGCACAAGUUACCUAUGUUACCACACAGCAAUCGAAGCCAGCGCAGGUAACCUAUGUAACUGCAGGUCCUCCUCCACUACCACCACAAACCACCUAUGUUCAGGUGCGGACUCGACGACCCACCAAGCAGAAUGCUCACACAGCGGCAUCAGGCAUUUUGCUGUUUGCUUAUGGCGGAAUGGAUAUGGCUCAGGGCCUUGGCUGGAAUAUAUCGACGGAUUUGCCUACAACUUCAGAGAUGCAGUACAGCUGGUUCAUUGGCGUCAUCAUCGGCGCCUUUGUGUCGGGUUUGACCAUUAACCACAUUCCCAAAUCGGUUUUCUAUACAUUAGGAGGACUGAUGCUGUUGAUUGAUGGAAUUAUAUUCGUGAGCACAUCCGAGUACACUUCAUUAUUAGCAGCACGCUAUGUGGGCGGAAUAGGCAUCGGGCUCAUAACGGUUGCCUUCAUCAUACACAAUUCGGAAAUCACGAUGAAAAACAGCCGUGGAUUUUGGUGUGGCGUAGAGCAGUACGGCUUGGCGCUGGGCAUUGCCAUCCAGGUGAUCCUAGACACUAGUUUAGAUGACGGCAUCAACAGUGCGCAUGGCAUUUUUGGCAUUGUCUUCUCCUUGGUCGCCACAGCAUUUGUGGCCGUAUCCGUCGAAUCGCCCAUUUUCUAUCUACGCAAAAACAAUGAGGAACAGGCGCUAACACAGCUGAAGAUACUCUACGCCCACAGUGGGAAUGCUGAGAUCUAUAACGCAGCCCUGGACGAAGCCAAGCAGUAUGUGUCUACAGCUACCAGCCAGAGCUCCGGCGCCCUAUUGGCGGCCUCUGUGAUGCCUUUUAUCAAAAUGCUCUUCAGCCGCUGCCUCGUGCCGCUUACAAUCUCAUUGCCCUUGAGCUACUCCAUGAUUACGAGCACUGUUGUUGCGGAUUUAGCCUUCAACUGGCCCAUCAUCGUGUGGGGCUUGCUGCGCUGGUUUGGCACCUUCUUUUCCAUGCCUCUACUGGACAGGGUGGGACGGAAGUUCGUUUCGCUGCUGGGUCUACUGUGCAUGGCCGGCCUGAUGCUGGGAAUGGCAGGCAUCUAUUCCGAUGCGACGAGGCUAAUAAGCACUUAUUACAUGAGCCAGGUCUGUCAUCUGUCCAUGGCCUUCCAGUUCUUUGCUGGGCUCUACAUACCCUGCACCUCCACCUACUUGGGUGAGGCGUUCCCCCUGAAGGUGAAGUCUUUCUUCAUCGCUCUGAUCGUCUGCCUCGAGCAAGUGAUUCACAUCAUUGUUAUUGAGACAUGUGCAAUGAAGUUAAAUCUCUUCUACCAAUACUUCCUGGCUGUGGGCAUUAUCCUGGUGGUGGGCCUAAUCAUCUUUGCCGUGCUGAUGCCAGAGACGCGCGGCCUAUCGCUCCGUCAGGCCACCGGACGAUUCAAUCGAGUUCACGAUGUCAUGGCUCACUAAGCUGAGAAUCAGCCCAAAGCCUUAUUGGAUUUAAGCUCGUAUUCUCGUUCUUAGCUUGUCUUAUCUAGCGAGCACUCACUCAUAGA